AUGACCAUCCCCAUAGCUCCUUCACCCGACACCGACGCGCCGCUCCGCAUCGGCGUCGACGUAGGCGGCACAAACACUGACGCCGUCAUCCUCGAUCUGACCCCGGGAUGCGUGAACCCCGUCCUUGCGGCGUGCAAGGCGCCAACGACACCCGACGUCACCCGUGGUAUCCAGCAGGCAGUCGCGGCCGCGCUUGACCUAGCUUCGGUGGACCGGCGACAGAUUCAAGCUGUCGCCAUUGGGACAACGAGCUUUGUGAAUGCCCUGAUUGAGCGAGAUGUCGCCAAACUCGACCGCGUUGGCGUGAUCCGACUCUGUGGGCCUUUCUCACGCCUCUGCCCACCCUUCUCCUCGUUCCCAUACGAACUGCGCGCUGUCCUCGAGGGUCCCGUAUUCUUCGCCGCGGGCGGACUGCAGGUCGACGGCUCUGAGAUCGCCUCGGUGGACCCGCUGGAGAUCCGCGCCGCGUGUGCCGAGAUGGCGCGCCUCGGCGUUCGCUCGGUCGCUAUCUCCGGAUGUUACUCGCCCAUCGACACCGUGUACCGUCAAGAGGAGCUAGUGCGCGAUAUUGUUUCCGCCGAGCUACCAGGCGCAUACGUCACCAUCUCCAAGGACGUGGGGAACAUCGGGUUGCUCGAGCGCGAGAACGCCUCGAUCCUCAACGCAGCACUCCGCACCUUUGCAGCCCGCACCGUGAAGGGCUUCCAGGAAUCAGCUGGGGCCCUUGGUCUCACAUGCCCCCUCUUCCUGACGUCUAAUGACGGUACACUCAUGACGUCCGCGCAGGCCGUGCGUCUGCCCAUCCGCACGUUCUCGUCCGGCCCGACCAACUCGAUGCGCGGUGCCAACUUCCUCGCUGGCCUGAAGGGGGCUCGCGCUCGCGAGACGGCCCUCGUCGUCGAUGUGGGCGGUACGACCACCGAGGUCGGCGUGCUCCUUCCCACCGGCUUUCCGCGACAGGCAGGUGCGUUCCACCAGCUCUGUGGGGUGCGGCUCAACUUUCCCAUGCCGCACGUCGAGUCCAUUGGUCUCGGUGGCGGGUCGCGUAUCCGCAAGAACGGGGACAAGACUAGCGUCGGACCAGAUUCUGUCGGAUACCGUAUCACCGACGAGGCACUGUGUUUCGGAGGUAACACGCUCACGGCGACCGACAUUAUCGUCGCCGCAGGCAGGGGCGACGGCGUGGGUGAGCCGAGCCUCGUCACCCACCUCCUUCCGGAGGAUAUUGCAGCCGCCCAGACCCGCAUGAAGACCAUGAUCGAGCUAGUUGUCGACACUAUGAAGACGAGCGCCGCCGACGUCCCGCUCUACCUCGUCGGUGGAGGGGCCAUUCUCGUGCCCGACCAGCUGCACGGCGUCAGCCACGUCUACCGCUUCCCACACUAUGAGGCUGCCAACGCCGUCGGAGCUGCUUGUGCUCAGAUCUCAGCCGUCGUCGAUACGUUUGAGGAUACGAGCACCAAGUCCAUCGCUGAAGUACAGCGCCUCGUCGAGGCGCGUGCCGUGCAGCGCGCAAUUGAAAACGGUGCCGACCCUGCCAGCACGGUCGUCGUCGAGAGCGAAUCCAUCCCCAUCGCAUAUACCACGGGGCGGUGCCGAUUCUACGUCAAGGCCGCUGGCGAGUGGACAGGGACGGCUCUUCAGGCCGAUGACUCCUCCGACGAAGACGAGAUGCCACAGCGUUCAUGGGACGCCACUACCCCUGUCAUUCCCGCCACGGCCGCCAACGGCAGGCAUGCGCUCCCCGUCGCAGACCCUGUCCUCACCGCUCCCGACAUCCUCGCGUACCGCCCUCACGUGCAGCGAGGCGAGUGGACACUCUCGGAGCUGGACCUCGAGUGGAUCGCAACGGGUUGCUACAUCCUCGGCACGGGUGGUGGUGGCAAUCCCGCUACGACAAUGCUUGCCGUGCGCGAGCUCGUGCGCAGCGGUGCGAGGGUGCGCGUAGUGGACAUUGACUCGCUGGGCGCCGACAAGUCCGUGUGCUGGGGCGGCGGCAUUGGUUCACCCGAGGUAGUCCUCGAGCGCCUGGACGGAGGCGAUCCCGCCGCGGCAAUCACCGCCCUCCUCAACUUUAUGGGCACGACCAACUGUGCCGCCCUCGCAGCUCUCGAGAUCGGAGGCAGCAACGGCAUGUUCAACAUGCUCGCCGGGUCCAGCCGCUACCUCGACCUGCCCAUUGUGGAUGGGGACUUUAUGGGCCGCGCCUACCCUACUGGCUGGCAGACGACUGUGCAGGUCAUGGAUUCUGGCGAGCGCGCCGAAAUGACACUCCCGAACGCCAUGGUAUCUGGUGACGGCUCUAACAUGUUCAUGACGACCGCCAAGCAUUACAAGGACGUGGAUCGGGUUCUUCGCGCAGGCUGCAUCGAGAUGGGAACACACGCCAACGUCGCUUGUCGACCUCUAUCCCGCGCGUUCUGCCAGGACAGCCUCGUACGAAACACGGUAUCGCAGAGUUGGCGCCUUGGCCGAGCCGUCGCCUUGGCUACAAAGCAAUCCAACAUCGGCGACGUCGGACGUAUCCUCGUGGAUGCCGUUGGUGGACGCGGGGCAGCGCGCGUUCUGUUUGCCGGCAAGAUCACCGCUCUCGGCAGGCACAUUUUCAAGGGCCACACAUAUGGCGAGAUCACGAUCACUGCUCUCGCUGCUGAUGAGGACGACUCGGGUUCGGGUUCGGGUUCCGGUUCGGGCCAAGCGUUCCACGGCACGAUGAAGAUCCCGUUCAAGAAUGAGAACUUGCUUUGCCGACACGUCCUCCCGUCAGGGGAGGAGGAGGUUGUUGCCGGCGUACCGGAUCUCAUCUCGGUCCUGGAUGCGCAGAAUGGUCUGGCCCUCGGUACGCCAGAAUACAAGUACGGUCAGCGGGUGGUCGUGCUUGGUAUGGCCGCUGCGCCGCAGUGGACGGGGACCCAGAGGGGUCUCGACCUCGGUGCACUGCCUGCGUUCGGGUACGACAUUCCGUAUGUGGCGCUCGGGGAGUACGUGCGGCCCAUGAGCGUCAUUGAGGAGUAUGGCGCAUAG